ACAGAAGAAGAAAAUGAUGGCCCAAGAACAACAUCAAACUAAAAGAAAAUUCUAUCAUAGAGCAAAGCCUUUCAUUGCAGUUAUUUUCUUGCAAUUUGGACUAGCCGGGAUGGAUAUCCUUUCAAAGCUUGCGCUGAACGAGGGAAUGAGCAACUAUGUGUUUGUUGUUUAUCGCCAUGCCAUCGCGACGAUUGUUUUUGCACCACUUGCCAUUUUUUUUGAAAAGAAUACAAGACCAAAGAUGACACUUUCUAUCUUCACUAAACUGAUACUACUCAGUAUACUUGAGCCAGUGAUUGACCAAAACUUGUACAUCUUGGGAAUGAAGAACACAACAGCAACAUUUGCAGCUGCAAUGUGUAACAUUCUCCCUGCCAUAACCUUUGUCAUGGCUUGCAUAUUCAAGCUUGAAAAGAUAAGAAUUAAUAGCACACAUAGCCAAGCUAAGGUCAUAGGGACCAUAGCAACAAUUGCAGGAGCCAUGGUCAUGACAAUGGUAAAAGGUCCAAUCAUUCAGCUGUUCUGGACAAAACCAUCAAGUAAUAGUCAUAGCAUAGAUCUUAAACAUACAUGGAAAGGCGCAGUUAUGAUAACAGUUGGGUGCUUCAGCUGGGCUUCUUUCAUGAUUCUCCAAGCUAUCACGCUGAGAACAUAUCCAGCUGAACUCUCACUCACUGCUUGGAUUUGCUUCUUGGGAACUUUUAAUGGCGCGAUUGUGGCACUUGUAAUGGAAAGGGGAAAUCCCACAGCAUGGGCUAUACAUUGGGACAGUAAAUUAUUGGCUGCCUUUUAUAGUGGAAUAGUAUGUUCAGGUCUGGCUUAUUAUAUUCAAGGAAUAGUAAUGAAACAGAGAGGACCUGUUUUUGUGACUGCCUUCAAUCCCCUUUCCAUGGUAAUUGUGGCCAUUCUGAGCACAUUCAUUUUAGCAGAGCAAAUGUUCAUAGGAAGAGUAAUUGGUGCCAUCGUCAUAGUUGGUGGACUUUAUCUCGUCGUGUGGGGAAAAAGUAAAGAUUUCAAAUCUUCUGAACAAUUGACUGAUGAAGAAAUUAUGAGACCACAACAGACCAUAAUUGUAUAA